UGUCGAUUUUUGGCCCAGCUCUAGCGUACAACAACAAAACAAAAUGGAGGUCUUUGAUGUGUGUGUCGCGUUGUCUUGAAAAUUGCUGCUAGAAUUUUGCGUUAAACGCUGUGAGCGAAUGUGUUUCAAUGCGAAUAUGUCAAAGGUCGGCCAUGAAGUGCGCGAAACAAGAGACACAAAUGAUUUUACCAUAUAAAAGCAACAACAAGACGUUAAAUUGCACACCAGUUGUAAUUAAGUUUAGUAGUUAGAACCGCAACCAAUCAAUAACUAAUCAUAAUCGAUAAGGCGAAGGUGAAGAGAGACCGGAUCGCAGGGGUAAAAGUGAGCAGCGGGAAAACAAUAUCCGCACCCCCUGAGAAGUGGAACUUCUCCUCAAUCGCCUGGUUCUCAGUCACCGGCUACUUUCGAACUUUCGAUAUUUUAACAAAGACCACGCGCAGAGAGCAGCAUCAAAAUUAAGCCAAUAGACGACCAACAUAAAACGCAGCGGCGUCCUUCGACGCGUAACGGACAUUUCUGUGUGCGCUGCGUUUAAAAAAUCUGAUGGAUGGAAAUGCACAAAAUAUGUUUCACGGAAAUCAUCAAGGAGAUCCCUAUUACCGGUACGAUGCGGCAGCCGCCGCAGCAGCCGCCGCAGCGGCUAAUCCUCGGGCAAUGGGGCCGCCAGGCGGCUAUCCGCCGCGCCACCGCCCCCCACAUCCGCUACAGCAGCAGCCCCAAUAUCCAUCGUACCAGCCAACGGCGGAGAAUCUCUACGGGCUGGGGGCCGCCGACCACCAGGCGGCCAUGGGCGUUGGCCUCGGUGUUGGAGUAGGAGUUGGCGCCGGAAUGGGGGAUUUAAGCGGUUGGGGAGCGGCGCCCUCGGUUCCGGGUCAGGCGGCAGCCUAUCCCGGAACCGGACUGGGAGCCUAUGGCCAUCCGCAGGCAGCUCCACCGGCGCAACAGCAGCGCCAGAGUAACGCCAGCGCAUACCGCCAGCACAUGCCCGCCUACGGACAACAGGAGCAGCAGAAACUGGCGACCUACGGCGCGCAACAGAGCAUGAUGGCGGGUUACGGAUCGUUAGCGCCCCAGCAGCAACAGCAGCAGCAACCUCCAACGCCCCAACAACAGCAGGUGCAACAGCAAGCACAGCAGGUGCAGCAGCAAUCGCAGCAGCAACAACAGCAGCAGCAGCAGAGUCAGCAGCAGGCUCGACUGCCGCAGCAUUAUCCGCAGGCUCCGGGCCAGCACCCGUUGUAUCCUGGGGUGGGAGCACCCACUGUCCAGGCGGGACAACCUCCCACGCCCCAAGCUUAUGCUCAUAGUCCGUACGGGAGUCCCAUGCAGCAUCAGCCGGGCAGAGGAGCGCCACAACACGUGGGCUACGGUCACACCGGUCUGGAUCAGGCUUCAGCUUACGGGCAACAUGUGCCGGGCGCCGCACCACCGGGCCAUCACUUGACAGCGCAGCAGCAGCAGGCUGCGCAGCAAUUGGGAGCCCACCAGCAGCAGCAGCUCCAAUCGCAACAGCAACAGCAGGCGCAGCAGCAGCAACCGCAUGUCUCGUUGAUGCAGCAGCAACAGUUGCCGGGCGCUGGACUACCGCCACCGCACAUGGGAAUGCCGCCUAGUUACGGAAGCCACCAUCAACAGCAGCAGCAACAGGCCCAACAGCAACAACAGCAGGCAGCUCCGCCUUACAUGUCCAGCAGCAAACAUCAACAGGCGGCAGCUCAGCUAAACUCAUCGCCCCAGUACCGCGCUCCUUUCCCUCAGCUUUCGCCACAAAUGUCGCCACGACCGCCGACUAUGUCGCCGCAUCCGCAAAUGUCUCCUCGGCCAGUGGGCGUGUCACCGGCGAAACCACCGCCCCCCCAACAACAGCAACAACAAACACAGGCACAGCAGCCACAGGCGGUAAACAAUCAGCCCAGCCAGCACAGCAUUCAAGGCAUGGUGGGUCUGCCGUCGCCGCGUCCCCAGCCACCCACAAGUGGAGCAGGAGGAGCGGGAGCGAAGGGUCCAGCGUCAGUUGCUGCUCCCGUAAACACAUUACAGGCCCUCGAACAAAUGGUGAUGCCGACGCAGGCUCUCGGGUUGCCGCCUAUGGAUUACCCCUCGGCUUACAGAAGUUCUGUGGGUGUGGGUCCCAGAAUGCCCGCAUCUCCGCAGCAACAACAGCAGCAACACCAUCAACAAUGGGGCUCGACCCAAGGCGCACAGCACUUGGUGGCACUGCAGCAGCAGCAGCAGCAGGUACAACAACAACAGCAGCAAGCGCAACAGGCACCGCCGCAGCAGCAGCAGGCGGCUAUGUUGCAGGCACAACAGCAACAUCACCAGCAGCAGCUGAAUAUGUAUGGUCAGACGAUGGGACAGCAGCAGCCCCAAACCCCUCAGCAACAGGUUGUGCCGCCCGUGGCUUCACAACCUCCAGUGGUGGCCACCCAGCAGCAACAGCAACAACAGCAGCAACAGCAACAACAGCAGCAGCAACACCAGCAGCAAACACUAAACGAUCAGCUGCAGCACUCGAUCAACGAUAUUGUUGGAGGAGGUAGUAGUGGUGGCGCAACAGGCACCACCCAAAGUCAACAGCAGCAGCAACCCCAACUGACGGCCAUGACGUCGCCUUUGCAUCAGCAAAGUCUGCCCAGCAUGCACCAUUUGAUACAGCCCACCAUGGAGACAGCUCAACCGCCGCAACAGCAACAGCAAACGCCACAACCGCAGGCAACUCUAACAUCGCCGCACCACCAGCAAAUGCAACAUCAGUCACCUAUACACCAGCAACAGCAGCAACAGUCGCCGCACCACCAGCAACAACUACCCAGUUACAAUCAGUCGCAGCAGCAACAAUUUGAUCCGUUUGCUAACAUACUAGGAGACAGUCAGCCCCCUGCAGCUCAACAGACAAUGUCACCUGCUCAUGUAAGCUCGCCAAUACCGACGCAACAAAUGCAACAGCAGCAGACGCAACAGCAGCCAGCUCAGCAAGUACCACAGGCGCAGCAACAACAGGUGGCGCAGGCACAGCAGCCAACGCAGCAGCAGCAGCAACCUUCAACACCCUCACAUCACCUGAGCAGCAUUCUCAAUGAAACGGCCAACUCAAAUGAUUCCUCCACUUUGGCAGUGGCUGCCAAUGACAGCAACAACAGCAGCAGCAACAGUAGCACCAACAGCAUUGUCAACAACCAGCCCACUUCGGUGCACGACAGCAACUCGCAGAGCAGCAUUAACAGCAGCAGCAACAACCAGCAACAGUUGCUCAUGGACAACACGAAUUCGCACGGAGGAAAUUCGGAAUCUGUCCAGCAUGUCGGAGUCGAUGCUGGCCUUUUCGAUAACAACUCCAUGUCCUCCACAUCCGCAGCAGUUGCAGUCGUGGCCUCCAAUGCAGCUUCUGCAGCAGCUGCACUUUUGGAUAGUAAUUCGCAAUCCUCGAAUGCAGAGUUCGAGAAGAAUCAGAGCGAGGGCGAAGGACUGAGUGGCGUGGGAGGAGCUUCUGUGAAUGAGGCGGAGUUGCCACAGGACGAGACAAGUGUUUCAAAAACCCAUGAAGCAAUUCUAAGCACAGAAUUACCAGCAAUUCAGGAGGAUCUGCAAGACAAGCCUUCUGAAGAGAUGGAACAAACCCAGCUGGGGCAACCUGCGGGGGAUUUGUCUACUUCUUUGUCAGAGGAGCCUAAAAUUAUAGAGGAGUUAGGAGAGGACAAAUCGCAAUCUGCAACUGCACUGGGGACCAUAACAGAUCCAACCACCUCAGUGGGACAACCCCCUCAGCAACAGAUGCCUCCCAUGGCACUUCCCAUGCAUCCAAUGGCUCCCGGAUACGAUGCCCAGGGUCAGGCACAAGGUCACAUGCCAUCCAUGAUGCCUCCGUAUGGAGGUGCACCUGGCAUGUAUCCCACUUAUCCGAUGUUGCAUCAACAGGAAAUAGCUGCAUUGCAGCAGCAGAUUCAGGAACUGUAUUGUAUGCCUCCGGGACACGAGCUCCAGCACCAAGAUAAGUUGAUGCGGAUGCAAGAGCGUUUAAAUCUGCUGACGCAGCACGAGAUUAAUGAUCAGUGUUCCGGCGGUCCACAAUGCAUGCUCUUUCAGAACGUUCCGCCAAUGUAUGGGCCCCCGGGAAAUCCCUUGCUCAACCAACAAAUGGUAGAGAGCCCUCAGGUGUCCAGUACCACUGGAAGAGGGAGAGGAAAGGGGACCAACAAACCACGCAAACCACGCGUCAAGAAGGGUGAAAAAGGUCAGGCAAGUCAGCAGCAGGAUCUGAUGGAUAUCAGCGGUAAUGUGGUGGUGGGAGCAGCUAACGCCAUCCCAAGUAUCCCAACGACCCAGCUGCCUGUCUCCGAGGACUGUGUGACACAAGGAGCGGGCGAUACCAGCGUGGUCGGCAUGCUGGAGUACAGCGAGGGCAUGGGUGAUCUCUCGCAAGAUGUACACUCAGCGAAUGAGCUGGAUACCUCUACCGACGGAAGUGGCAAAAAGAAGAAGCCACGCAAGCCCAGGACUCCUAAGGAUCCAAAUAAACCUCCGAGAGAUAGGACACCGAAAGCUAAAAAGACCAAGGAUCCCAAUGAUCCCAACUCUACUGAGACACCAGCAGCGGGAAAAAAACGAGCAAGUGUUAGUAAGCGCAGAAAGCAGUACGGAGAAGAUGGUACUGAGCAAACUGGAGAGGGCAGUGAAGUGGAAGACAACAAGCCGUUGGUGCCUAAGGCGGGAUCUGCCGAUGGUGAAGCGGAAACCACUUCGGGUGGAACUGGCGUGGAUGGAGAAUCUCCGGACUACGAUGACAUACCCGUCUCAAAAAUUCCGCGGGGUGCCAAUGAAGACGAUAAGGACGCCGAAGCUGGGGAUGAAACAGUGGACUCUGUUCCCGACUCAGCAGGCGAUCCUGCCUCCACUCCGAGCAGAAGAGAUCGCAAACGAUCCACCGCUAGAAGCCGACGCAAUGCAAAUUCUGAGGAAGGAGGCAGUGCGCGCAAGAAUCGUGGAUCUCUAUCCGCCAAGGCACUUAAAAAGAGAAGAAACAGAGGUCGGAUUGUGCCCGAAUCCGAUGGCGAGGAUGACACGUUGGACAGAACUCCACCCCCAUCACCUCCACCAGACUCUGAGUUAGAUUCAAACAAGCGAAGAUCUUCAAGGAAUACUCAACGGAAAAAGUACAUCGAUGAUGUAAUGCUGAGGUUCUCCGAUGACGAAAACUCUCUGUUGGUGGCUUCCCCCGUAAAGAAGGAUAAAAAAGCCUCCACGAAUGCAGGCAAUUCCAAUGCUGGCAGUGAUGUGGAAAAAGCAGAACCGCAAUCUGGCGCCGAAGGAGAGCCUGGUCAGGAAGUGGGUGAAGAGAAGUCUAAUCUACCCAUGGACGAGAGCAGUCAACUGGAAGCCAGUUCGAGUACUUCAGCAGCAGCGGCGGCAGUGGAAAAGGAGCGACAAAUCUCCAGCGAUGCCGCCAACGCAGCCAUGUCGUCCAAGCCCAAUUACGUGUACAUAAACACCGGCGAUGAAGACAGCAUGGUAGUGCAAUUAGUCCUGGCCUUGAGAAUGGGAAAACGUGAACUCAUCCCUGAAAAACCGAAGGAAAAGACGAUCGAACCCAAAAAGGAGGAAGAUAAAACGAGUUCAGAAGAAGCUUCAGCCGAAAAUGUUGAUGGCGAAGAAAAACCCAAAACUGAGAGUGCAGAAGGUGAAUCCAAGGAAAAUUCAACCGAAGUCGAGGAGAAAAAACCGGAAAUCUCAGAAAUGGAGGUGGAAAGCAAAGAGGAUCAAGAGCAUGUGGAUACUAAAAAAUCUGACGAAGACAAUAAUGAUGACAAAAUGGACGUAGAUGAUGUACCGAAAAAAUCAGCUGAGGAAAGUGAAACAGGGGAGCAAUCAGAAAAAGUUAAUACUGAAGGAAUUGCAGAACUUACUGAAGAAGACAAAUCCUCCAGUGUAGAAGCGGCAGAGGAAGCCAAGGAGACCGAGGCUGUCGCUGAGAAAAUGGAAGAAGAUGAGAAGGAGGAAGGGCAAGCCAAGUCACCUAAAUCCAAAGAAGAAUCAGAGGAAAAGUCCAUCGACGAAUCCAAACCCGAGGAGGCUACUACAGAAAAAGAUAAGAAGUCGGUAGAACACGAAAGCGAUAAGGAUCAAAGCCAGAAAACAGAAGAACCUGUAAAGAAGGAGGCUGGAGACGAAAACGAAGCUGACAAGGAAAACAAGCCUGAACCCGUAUUUAUUGAUGUGGAGGAGUACUUUGUGAAGUACCGCAAUUUCAGUUACCUUCAUUGCGAGUGGAGAACUGAAGAGGAACUGCUCAAGGGUGAUCGUCGCGUGGCUGCCAAGAUUCGCCGCUUCCAGCAGAAGCAAUCUCAGCAGUUGAACAUAUUUGAGAACAUCGAGGACGAGCCCUUCAACCAGGACUUUACAGAAGUUGAUCGAGUGUUGGAUAUGUCCGUUCAUACGGAUGAAACCAGUGGGGAGACCACUAAGCACUACCUGGUCAAGUGGAAGUCACUUCCGUAUGAAGACUGCACCUGGGAGCUGGAAGAAGAUGUAGAUAACGACAAGAUCGAGCAGUAUCUGCGCUUCAACAAAAUUCCUUUGAGGUGCGAGUGGAAGGCCAAGAAGCGUCCCCAUCCAGAACUUUGGAAAAAACUAGAAAAGACUCCAAUCUACAAGGGGGGAAAUAGCCUGAGACCCUAUCAACUGGAGGGUCUCAAUUGGUUGAAGUUCUCCUGGUACAAUACUCACAAUUGCAUUCUGGCCGAUGAAAUGGGUCUGGGAAAAACCAUCCAGAGUUUGACCUUUGUGCACUCUGUUUACGAGUACGGAAUCAGAGGACCCUUCUUAGUAAUAGCUCCACUCUCCACAAUACCCAACUGGCAGCGAGAAUUCGAAGGCUGGACAGACAUGAACGUGGUGGUUUAUCACGGUUCGGUGACUAGCAAACAAAUGAUACAGGACUAUGAGUACUACUAUAAGACAGACAGCGGGAAGGUCUUGAAGGAGCCCAUCAAAUUUAACGUUUUGAUAACCACUUUCGAGAUGAUCGUGACCGAUUACAUGGACUUAAAGGCCUUCAACUGGCGCCUUUGUGUAAUUGAUGAAGCUCAUCGUCUAAAAAAUAGGAAUUGCAAGCUCCUCGAGGGUCUGCGACAGCUGAAUCUGGAACAUAGGGUCCUGCUCUCCGGCACUCCCUUGCAGAACAAUAUCAGCGAGCUGUUCUCGCUGCUAAAUUUCCUGGAACCCUCGCAGUUCUCCUCGCAGGAGGAGUUCAUGUCCGAGUUUGGAAGUCUCCGCACUGAGGAGGAAGUAAAUAAACUGCAAGCCUUACUUAAGCCCAUGAUGCUGCGUCGUCUAAAAGACGAUGUGGAGAAGAGUUUGGCGCCAAAGGAGGAAACUAUUAUCGAAGUGGAGCUCACUAACAUACAAAAGAAAUACUAUCGAGGAAUCCUGGAACAGAACUUUAGUUUCCUAAAAAAAGGAACCACAUCCGCUAAUAUACCCAACCUGAUGAACACAAUGAUGGAGUUGAGAAAGUGCUGCAUACAUCCGUAUCUCUUGAAUGGAGCUGAGGAACAAAUCCAGUAUGAUUUUAAGUCCCAGCAUGGCGAGGACCCAGAGUCUUAUUACAAGAAUCUGAUUCUCUCCGCUGGUAAAAUGGUUUUGAUUGAUAAAUUGCUACCUAAGCUGAAAGCGAAUGGUCAUCGCGUGCUCAUAUUUAGUCAGAUGGUGCGUUGUUUGGAUAUUCUUGAGGAUUAUUUGGUCUACAGAAAGUAUCCGUUUGAGCGAAUUGAUGGACGAAUUCGUGGAAAUCUCCGUCAGGAGGCCAUCGACCGUUAUUCCAAGCCAGGAUCGGAUCGUUUUGUGUUCUUGCUUUGCACUAAAGCAGGAGGACUAGGCAUUAAUUUAACAGCUGCCGAUACGGUUAUCAUUUAUGACUCGGAUUGGAAUCCACAAAACGAUUUGCAGGCGCAAGCCCGAUGCCAUCGUAUUGGCCAAAGGAAAAUGGUGAAAAUCUACCGAUUGCUCUGCAGAAACACGUACGAACGUGAAAUGUUCGACAAGGCUUCGAUGAAACUCGGAUUGGAUAAGGCUGUCCUACAGUCGAUGAACACUCAAGGCUCAAAGGAUGGCAAUAACAAGCAGUUGUCUAAGAAGGAGAUCGAAGAUCUGCUAAAGAAGGGAGCCUACGGAGCUGUCAUGGACGACGACAAUGCUGGGGACAAGUUUUGCGAAGAGGACAUCGAUUCAAUCCUUAAGCGCCGAACCCAAGUCAUCACCAUGGAAUCGGAAAAAGGUUCAACCUUCUCGAAGGCUUCAUUUGCUGCCUCUGGCAACCGAUCUGAUAUUACCAUUGAUGAUCCUGAUUUCUGGACCAAGUGGGCCAAGAAGGUUGACAUUGAUCCAGAUGCUUGCGAGCGAGAUGAAACAGAGGACCUGGUACUGUCCGAGCCCAGAAGACGGACCCAAAUCAAACGCUACGGUCACGAGGAUGUUAUGGAGCUUAAUUCGGAGGAUUCUUCCAAUGAAAACAGCGAUGAAGAGGGAGGAAUAGGCCUUCGUUCCCGUCGCCGCAAGGAGAAGCGAGAUCGCAACCGUGAAAAGAAAGGCAACGAUGAAUACAUUCCACGCGAACGGGAUGCCCUGGCUGCCUUGGGGUUGGAGGAGAUUCAAUAUGGUAACUGGGCAAAGUCCGAGUGUUUUAAGGUGGAGAAGGGACUGCUUUCCUUUGGUUGGGGCCGAUGGUCGGAACUUCUGGAGCUAGGACAGUUCAAGCGAGGUUGGCGUGAUAUCGAUGUCGAGGAUUGUGCUCGCAUUAUCCUCCUUUACUGUCUGCAGGUCUACAAGGGAGACGAGAAAAUCAAGACGUUUAUCUGGGACCUGAUCACGCCGACGGAGGACGGUGAGGUGCAGAAGAUCAGCAGGGAUCAUAGUGGCCUACACAACUUGGUGCCACGAGGUAGGAAUGCCAAAGGCCGAAAUGGGGGCAAAUCAAACAAAGAAUCCACGGGAAUUUCUACUCCAGCUCCAGGCACUGCAUCCGGUAGUAAUAGUGGCAACACGACUCCGGCUCACAAGUCCAGUGCCCUGGACGGAUCUGACAAGGAUGGUGGCGGAAUCAGUGCCAGUGCUGUGGUCGCUGCAGUGACGAGUAUUCACGACCCCAAUCAUUGGAGCAAGAAGGAAAAGUACGACGCCGAUGCGUAUUUGGAGGGCGCCUACAAAAAGCAUUUGGGCAGACACGCCAAUAAGGUUUUGUUGCGCGUAAGGAUGCUCUACUAUAUACAACACGAGGUUAUUGGCGACUUUGUUCAGCAGAUCAAGGACAAUACGCCCAUCAGCGAGCUCCCCAUUCGCCCGCCGCCAACGCCCGAUCAAGUGCCAUCUUCAUGGUGGAAUCCCAUUUGUUGUGAUAAGAGUCUUUUGGUUGGAACCUACAAGCAUGGCUGUGAAAUGUAUCGUCAAAUGCGCGCCGAUCCCAAUCUGUGCUUUGUCACCCAUGUGGGCGCCGGUGCCGGUGACGAUUUGGCCGUCACGAAUUUGCCGAUAAACGAAGACGACGCAAAUUCAAAGCACGAUGAUGGCGACGAAGUGGACGACGACGGCACCACUACGACCAAAGACUCGGACUCCACCAAGCUCACCAGCGGCGAAAACAAGGAUUCGCUCCUCGACCAGGAGCGCCCCAGUUCGUCGGGUAAGAGCAGCAGCAAAAGUGGCAGCGGCGGCAACGACAAAACGGAAUGCGAAAAAGAUGCCACCAAUGCAACCGCUUCCGAAUCCUCAUACAAAUCCAAAGCCAAUGCUGAUGCCUUACCGGGCACUGGCAGCGAUGUCGAUGUGGCGGUCGCCCAGCAGGAUGCAUCAUCAGUGACUCCAGAAUCGGCAGAUACAUCAGGUCCUGAAAUAAGUAAAAAGCACGACGCGCCAGUCUCAACCUCGGCUUCCCGCGAGCUGGCCGACUCCGGUUUGCCGGAGGCGGAGGGAGAAGCUCAGGAGACCGUGGUCAAGACUGGCGAUGCCGGCGAAUCGGACAACGAAUCGGAGAAAAAAGAUAUCGAAAAGGAAUCCAAGGAGUCAACUGCUGCUGCUCCUGCUGGGGAAACCAAAAAAGAUGCCGCUGCUAUUGCCCGAGCUGAAGGCGCUAAUGCGGACUCAUGCACUAACAAUGCUACCACAAACAUCACCACCACUACUACUACCAUUACCAAUACCACCACUACCACCACCACCAAUAAUCCAUCAUCCAAAGCGGCUAACUCUAACAUCACCACCGACCAUGCUAACUCCAACUCACAUUUAGGCUUGGACGAGGAGGAGAGCGUCGCCGGCAGCUAUCCGCCCACCGUGGCAGCCGUUGAGGAUGCCACCACCAUGUGGCCGUCGAUGCAGGACCUCAACACGCGCCUCCGGCGUGUGAUUACUGCCUACCAGAGGAAUUACAAGAAGGAAGAACUGAAGUUACAGCAGAAGGCCAAGCUCCAGGCAUUAGUUUCAUCGACGCCCCCGCUGUCGGUCCCCACCACGCCUACUCUUCAGUCCAUGCAAAUGCAGCUGCAGAGCAGCUCCAGUGGCAGUGGCUCCGGAUUGGGAUCCUCUGGCCAGCACGAUGGCAGUGGCCGGAGUCUCCAGGCGUUGAUGCAAUCGCAGGGAGCCAGCACUUCCGCAGCAGCAGCGGCGGCCGCCGCAGCAGCAACCGGAGGAUCUGGUGGUGGAUCCGGGCAGGUGGGUUCGGGCGGAGCGGGAGUCAUGCCAGCUAUGCCCACCGCAGCCGACAUCAGUCUGAUGCUCAGCAUCCUCAAUACCACCGACGUCAACCAGCUGGCCAACUUGGACAUCAAUAAACUGGCCAUGUACCUGGUCAGCAUGAACAAUAAAAUGGAGCGGCAGGGAAAAAUGGAACUGGCGGCCAAGGAACGCGAGUCUCAGCGCCUGCAGCUCAUCCCGAAGAAGUGGAACCGUCGCGAGGAAUACGAAUUUCUGCGAGUUCUUACAGGAUAUGGUGUGGACCUACACCUUUCCACACCAAUGGGAUCCAGCAAUGGAAGUUCCCUUACGCCUGACUGGACAAAGUUUAAGCAAAUGGCUCAUUUGGAGAGGAAGAGCGAUGAAACACUGACGGAUUAUUAUAAGGUUUUUGUGGCCAUGUGCAAACGACAGGCAGGUUUGAAACUCUCGGAAUCGGAGCGGGGUCUAGAAAAUAUCAUUGAAGAAAUCGAGAAGGAGCACGCUAAGCUCAUACUGGAUCGCCUGGAAGUUCUCGCCAAGCUCCGAGAAGUCGCUCGUAAUCCUUUGCUCGAAGAACGCCUGAAACUCUGCACUAUGAACGCGGAUACACCCGAUUGGUGGGAGCCUGGUCGUCACGACAAGGAAUUGAUUACUGCCGUCCUUAAGCACGGACUCUAUCGCUCGGAAACCUUCAUCUUUAAUGAUCCUAACUUUAGUUUUGGAGAGUCUGAAAAACGUUUCAUUCGAGAGUUGGAAGCUCAAAUUCAGCGCACCAUCAAGCUGGAGGCAUUCAAUGCCGAAAAGGCAGAGAAACUAGCGGAAGCUGAAAAAGCAGCAGCAGCUGAAAAGGCUGCAGCAGAAAAAGCAGCUUCUGUCAAAAAUGAGGUCAUAGAUUUGGAUGAUGAACUCAUGACCGAUGAGAGCGUCAUUAAGAAGGAAACGUCGGCUAGCCCUGUAAAAGAUGAAAUAAAAGCAUUGGAAAGCUCAGAAAAGAAGGACACUAAUGUCAGUACCGAAGCAAAGAAAUCUGAGAUCGAAGACUCUACAAAGAUUGAAGCAGAGGUCAAGGACGAAGGGGAGUUAAAUGAGAAUGUCUCAGAGAAAAAUACGGAAGGCGAACCUGAAAAUUUGGAUAAGGAUAAAUCCAUCGCUGAAAGUUUGAUUCCAGAAACCGAAGAGAAAAAUUCAAACGAAGACAAAAUGGAAGUUGAAGAGUUAGCCAUAGCUGAAAAUGGUGAGGAGAAGGAAAGCUCCACAGAGAAAUGCACUGAGAAAAAGGAGAAUACUUCUUCAGAGGAAGCUCAGAGAAAAGCUGCUGAUGAAGAGGCCUCAAAAAUAGAUUCGGAUAAAAUUGCCUCCAAGGAAGAAGACAAAUCCACUGAAGAUUCAGAAUCUUCUGAAAAGGAAUCUGAAUACAAGGCUGCUGCAAAGACUGAUGAUGAGAAAGCAGAAGAGCCAAAAGAAGUGUCUUCUAAGAAGCAAUCGGAAGAUGUGGAAAAAGAUAUAAAAUCUUCUACUGAUGCUGAGGCCUUUGAGGAAUCUCCAAUAGAAGCUGAACCUGAAGAAGCUGCCCCCAAGAAACCUGCUGGAGAUGAAGAGAUACUUGACCUAGUGACUGGACCUACAGAUCCCGAUGAUGACGAGGUGAUGAAGGAGAAAGAAAAAGCCGUAGAAGAAGAGUGCAAGAAGCAGGCGGCCGAACUCAAAGCGCGCUUCCCCGAUCUAGAAGUAAUCCAACCCGCCACGGUCAAACAGCAAAAGCUGGAGAAGCCCAAGCUUGAGAUGUGCAUGAUCCGGUGGUUCAAGGAUUUCGCUUUGGAGCGCCGCAUCGCACACAUCGUGUCCUGCGUUGAGUCUGGAAAGUGGCCAGUGGAUAGCAAGUACAGUGCCUUUGCCAGCUGCAAGGGAUCCACCGAUCUGAGCAUUGCCCUUCACGAAUCCAUUCCUCACCUGAGCAGUUUGGAACGUCGCUCCACAACACCUGAUGUGAUUACCAUUACUACGGACCAGGGUGUGACGAAGCACCUGCAGGCCUCGCAGAUGCAGCAGGUGGCCAGUUCGACUUCCGGUACGUCCGCUUCCUCGGGAAUGCCCCAUGUCACCCAAUCGAAGCCCUCGUCGGCCACUAGUUUACCCGGCUUGGAUGCCAAUAGCAUUAAUGCUGCAGUGGCAGCAGCCGUUGCUGCUGCGGCAGCGGGAGGAAACGCCACCUCCCUAUCAUCCCUGCUCCCUGGAAUGUCGCUGAGUGCUGCGACUGGCGCUUCAGGCGCAGGAGUGGGCGGGAUGAGCGUCCCAAGUGCUGGAUCAGGAGUGGGCAAAAAGCGCAAGCGACACAUCGCCAUUGACGUAGAGACGGAACGGGCUAAAUUGCACGCUCUGCUGAACAGUUCGACAAUGGCACCAAAAGACUGGGAAAGUGAGAUUGCCAAUAUGGAAGCCUUGACUGGCUCCUCUGGCCGUGGACGAGGAGGCAAUUCUUCCUCGGCUUUAAGUGGUAUGCAGCCGCCCCCAGCUCACCAACAUGCUUCGCUCUCGCGACAGUCCUCCGGGCAGUUCAGCAAGCCAGCUGUCCCCGCCCUAAAGACACCUCCACCUUCGAUGGGCGCACCUAUGGAUCUGUCCUCAAGCAGCCUGCCCAAGAUGAACAUGACGGAGAUGCUGAAGUCGGCUUCUAGUGCGGGAGCCAUCGACUUGAGCGAAGUGCAGGACUUCUCCAUGCCUUCCAAGAAGUCCAGCGUGCAUGCUGCUCUUAGUUCCGCAUUCCCUUCAAUGGGCAGCAAGAGCAAAUUAGAUGACACGCUCAACAAACUGAUGAAGAAGAACAACUGCACCAUAGAAGAGCCCGUGAUUGGCAAGGAGAAAAAGCGUAAGAAGUUGGAUGAGAUUGUGCUCGGCCUAUCGGCGGCUAAAGAGCAAAAAACCUUCCCUGACCCAUCGCUGCCAUCUUCGAAAAAGCCGCAAAUCCCGCCAAGCGUCUCUGUUACUCCGGCAAAUCUGCAAUCCUCGGCCAACCAGCAGUCCAACCAGAAACCCUUUACCAUCACUGUUACCACAGUGCCCGGAAAGUCCAAGGGCGGAUCGUCCAGCGCUGGAUCAGGCGCCGGAGGAAGCUCAUCGGCCAGCGGCGGAGGAGCCGGUGGCAGCGGGUUGAGCGCCCUCCAGAACAUGGCAAUGGGGGGUCUGUCCUCCAAGGACAGUCUGAACGCUCUUCUGGCCCAGACCAUGGCCACCGAUCCGCAGACGUUCCUCAAGCAGCAGCAGAAGAUGAUGCAGUUUCUGCCGCCUGCCCAGCGAAAGGCGUACGAGAACAUGCUGGCCGAGAUGGAGCAGGCCAUGAAGAUCAGCUCCAAGUUUUCGACCAACUCCCCGCACGACGUCAAGGUCAACAAGUGGCUUUCGGAUAUGACAAGUCCACUGGGCGACCAGCUCAGCAUUGACUACGUGGGCGGUGGCGGAGCAGGUGGUUCUGGAAGUGGCAACAGUCGACGCUCCAACCGCCAGCAAGGCAGUUCUUCCCAACAAUCUCCGAGUGCUGCCCAGCUCCAGAAGCAGCAGCAACAACAACAACAACAGCAGCAGCAACAGCAGCAACAUUCAAUGUCAGGGCCUCAGAAUUUGACAGGAGAGGAACCUGUACCCGUGAUCAAUAAGCAGACUGGCAAGCGUUUGGGAGGUAACAAGGCGCCGCAGCUCAAGCGGCUCAUGCAAUGGCUCACGGAAAACCCCAAUUACGAGGUGGAUCCGAAGUGGUUGGAACAAAUGCAAAAUCCAAUGUCAGCACCGUCGCCCAAACCCACAACUAUGGACAGCAGCUAUGGCUCCUCGACAGCAAAGUCCCAUGGCGGACGCCCGUCGUCCAAUUCGAGCAACGCUUCAUCCUCUUCCCAUACCCAACAACAGCAACAAUCAUCUGCAGCUCAAUCGUCAGCGGGAGGUAACUCUAGCAGCUCCAAGAAGUCAUCCCGCCAGCAAACGGCAGCAUCAGCUGCUCUGGACCAGGCUGCUUUACAAUUUGGCUCUCUAGCCGGUCUAAAUCCCAGCCUGCUGGCCAAUCUUCCUGGACUGGGAGCCUUUGAUCCCAAGAAUCCUCUUGCUGCCUUUGAUCCCAAGAACCCGCUGCUUUCCAUGUCAUUCGGAGGAAUGCCCGGAAUGGGUAACAUUCCUGGACUAGGUAACCUCAACAACAUGAACCUGUUUGCAAGUCUGGCAGGAAUGGGAGGACUGGGAAAUCUGGCGGGAAUGGACACCCAGUCGUUGGCUGCGCUUAUGGCUGCUGCCGGACCAACUCUAGGCGGAUUGACGGGUGCUUCCGGAGGAGCGGGCUCCGGCAAGAGCCAGGUGCAGUCGCAGUCGGGUGGUAGCUCAUCUGCGGCUUCCUCGUCCUCUUCGGCCAGCAAGAAAAAGCAGCAGCAGCAACAGCAACAAGCUCAACAGCAGGCGCAAAAUGAAGCUGCUCAAUUGGCGGCUGCUAUCAGCGCCAGCACUGGAGGAUCCUCUGGUGGAGCUGGUGGCAAGAAUGCAGCAGCCUCUGCAUCCCAACUGGCGGCCGGCUUCCCCUUCUUGUUUCCGAAUCCUUCGUUGCUGUAUCCGCCCAUGGGAUUGGGUGGGCUUAAUCCAUAUUCUUUGGGAUCCAGUGGCCUGGGUUCCGCAUACGAUCAGCUGGCCCAGCAGUAUAAUCUGCUUAACGGAGCCACUUCAUCCGCCUCAAACACGAACUCCACGCAAUCGAAAUCCCAUCAGUCGCAAUCAAAGGCCAGUCAGUCUAGGAACGCCACAGCGGCUGCCAACUCAGCAGCCAGUCUAAUGAAUGCCAUGGCCAGCAUGGGCGGUGGAGCUAGUACGGUAACCACCCCCUCAGCCUCAGCAUCAGGAUCCGGACGUGGCAGGCAGUCGAGCAGCAGAAACCAAUCCCAAACCACACCCACAGCGGCAGACAUGGCUCAACUGAGUAGCUUACUCAUGCCAGGGGCGGAUCCGCAUCUCCUUGAAUCGCUGAGUCGCAUGAGUAAUAUGGAUUUGGCGCAGGCCACUCGGUUGAUGAGCUCACUGGGAAUGCCGCCACUGCCAGGAACACCCAGCUCUUCCGGUGGAGGAAACUCAUCCUCGAGCAAGAGGAGCAGCCAAGCCGCUAGUGAAGCAAACGCCCAGGCAAAGGAGCAGCAAAAGUGGUUUGAGAGCUUUACCCGCGGAGCCCUGCCCGCGGAUUUAUCAGCCCUUCAGGCCUUCUCGCAGUCCAAAAUGCCUUCGUCGUCCAGCUCCAAUACAGGAACAUCAACUUCCUCCAGCAAAAGCUCGAAGUCUGCUGCAGCGGCGGGGGCAUCACAACUGCCACAGAUACCUGGAAUGUCCAGUGAUUUCUCACAGGCCUUCUUAGCCGAAAUGGCUGCUCAGGCGAUGGCGGCUGCUGGCGGAUCCCUGCCUCUUAGUGGUCCCGGUUCCUUGGCCAGCUUGGCUGGCUUAACUGGUGGCUCUGCGGGAGGAGGAAGUUCCUCAGUGUCGGGAAGUGGCAGCCACUCGUCUUCAAAACGACAGCGUGAGCAGGACGCUUUUAAACAACAAAUGGAUUACUACACCAAGACCUUGGGCUUGGGAUCAGGAAUCUCGCUGAUACCCACCUCCUCGGCUGGAGGAUCAUCCGCAUCCUCCAGUUCGGCGAACGCAGCAGCCGCUGCCUAUGCGGCAGCUUUGGAUGCAGAGCAACAACAUCAGCAACAGCAGAAGGCGCUCUCCAAACGCUCACGCGGUGGUGAUAUACAUCCUACAAAGGAGGACCUGGCCGCUGCUGCCCUUGCUGUCGGACUACCCCUGAACCUGGGAGCCAGCAUGAGCAGCAUUGAGAAGAGUCUAAGAGGCGGAAGUAGCUCCAGCAGUAACUCCACGCCAGCGCCCAUGUCUGCUGAACAAGACAAGGUUACAUUGACGCCCCUGAACGCCUCUGGAGGUGGUUCAGGAAGCUCCUCUUCCAGUUCUGCAGCUGCUGCGGGGCUGGCGGCCAAUCUGCCAAGUCAAACAACAAUAACCAUAGCUCCCCCCAUCAGCAGUGGAGCCAGCACUAGUAGCGAACGUUCGGAGCGCUCCGAGUCACGCAUCUCGCUAACCAUUACCAACGCAGCGGAUGCAGCGAAACUGCCGCCGCCCUACGAAGAAGCCGACGAGCUGAUCAUACAACCCAUACUCAAAAAGACGACAUCUGCCAAUCCGGGCAGUAGUCAUGGCGGAAGUGUGGAGGAUCUGGACACAGCUGGAAACACUUCAGUGGCUAAUCUGAGUGGCUCAUCGUCCAGUUCUGCGGCCGCGGCGGCUGCUGCAGCGGCAGCCGAAGAGAAUCGUCGCUCUUCCAACCGCCUGAAGCGCCCGAGGUCUGGAAACGAACAGGGAUCCAGUUCCGUAGAGGGACAACCGCCUGAGAAGCGACGGGAGCUGCGAUCCACUCGACACACACGCUCCUCGGCGGAUGCCAGCACUCUAAAUCUCUCCGCAGGAAGCGAGUCAGGAGCGGAGGAGCGGAACGAAUGAGUAUUGCGCAGAUCUGAGCGCCAGCGCUAGCAGGAUAACACGGCUCCUCCGGAGAGCAGGGGAAAAUCACGCGGAAGAGGAGUCAUCAGCACCCCUAGACAACUACUACAACAACAACAACAACAACCGAAGCAGAGAAUUAAGAACGGAAAGAUUAUGAGAAAUCAGCUGCAGAUGCAGAUGCAAACAAGAUCGAGGCGAAAAUUGAAUGCUAGGCUAACUGUUACCACUAGAUCCCUUAAGCUUAAAGUUGUGUAAAGUAUAAGAUGCAUAUACUAUAUAUAUAUACACUAA